AUGGCCAAAGUUGGCAAUUUAGCCCUCGAUGGGGAGGACCCCCGUCUCCACCACGAAAAGGAGCACGCACAAACGAUCGUCGUCCCUCCCGAGUACAGCUCAGACGCGAUUCGCCCGCAGCAUCGCAAACUGCAUGACACCAGCGUGACAUUCGAAGAAUAUAUCUACUAUGCUAGACGAACCCGCGCCGAGGAGGAUAACCAGCCCAAGGCAGAAAAGGAAUCUGGGAUUUUAUCGAUCAUCUUCCCUCCUAAAUCGGACGGAGGCGUGAAACAAGAAACGGAGCAUGUGUCGCGAGAUGCCACUGCCAUUAAUACUAGUGAUCCGUCGAAUCGCAUGACCAUCACUGACGAGGAGUGGGCUAACGCAUCCCGGGCGCUUCGCACCGCCACCCGAGGUGCGAUCUUCUAUCUGAUCACUACCGAUAUUCUGGGACCGUUUGGCUUACCUUAUGCGUUUGCUACCAUGGGCUGGGGACCCGGUGUGGCUCUUUACACGGUUUUCGCCGGCCUCGCUGGUUACUCUGGAUGGCUUCUCUGGGAGACCUUCCUCGGUCUGGACUCUUACCAAUUUCCGUUGCAUAGUUUCGGAGACCUUGCUUUCCGCUUGUACGGACGUCCGCUACGAUACCUGUUCAACGUCCUACAGAGCAUCCAGCUGAUCCUUAAUGUCGGUCUGAUUGUUAUUUCCAACGGAGAGGCUCUGUCCCAAGCGACGCAAUUCAAGCUCUGCUUUAUUAUCUGCUGUCUGAUCUGGGCCUUAGUGGGAUUCUUCCUCGGCCAGAUCCGUACUCUCCAGAAAUUCGGAUGGCUGGCUAAUGCAGCUGUCUGGUUCAACCUUAUUUGCAUGUUCAUCACGAUGGGCGGAGCCGCUCACUCGCCCCCAAACUAUGCCGGCUCCAGCCAGUCUGCCGGCGCUAGCAUCGGUGACGGCUCCUCCGUUAAGCCAGUUCACGGUGUUUACCCGCCUGUGAUGACCACUGGCGGGCUUCCCGAUGCCAGUGAUUUUGCCGCCAGUGUCAGUGGUGCCAUGCAGGCUAUCUUUGCCUACGGUGGUGCAAUGGUUUUCCCCGAAUUUAUGGCCGAGAUGAAGCGCCCUAAGGAUUUCCUGACUGGCAUGUGGGCGGCACAGGCCUUCAUUUACUUCUGCUACAUGCUCUACGGCCUGUUCAUAUAUGGGUAUCAGGGCCAGUACACGAUUAACCCGACCUACCUUGGAAUUAGCAAAUAUAGCAUCCAGACAGCUGGCAAUGUCUUUGCAAUGCUUAGCGCAUUGAUUGCAGCGGGUCUGUAUGGCAACAUUGGUCUAAAAGUCCUCUAUAACAACGUCAUGGUCGAAAUCUUCCGUUGCCCUCCCCUCACAACCACACGUGGCAAAUGGAUGUGGUUUGCCUUGAUCCCAGUUUACUGGGCCAUUGCCUUCAUUAUCGCUGCCGGCAUUCCCAACUUCUCCGGACUAACCUCCGUGGUAUCCGCGUUCUGUAUCCUGCACUUCACCUACACUUUCCCACCUUUGCUCGCAACUAUGUUCUGGAUUAAGGAAGCCGCAAUGGGAGAUGGAGAAGGGUUUGAUCCUGUGACGGGCAAAACGGUGCGACAUGACAGCGGUGUCAGACGUUUCAUCCGUGGCUUCUUGGCCCAGAGCCCCAAGCGGAUGAUCUUCAGCGUCUGGAACGUGUUCUACUUCCUUGGUGCCUUGGCUCUCGCAGGCCUUGGUGCUUAUUCCGCUAUCACCAGUCUGAUGUCGGCGUACGAGAAGAGUGUGACGACCUCAUUUACGUGCACCAGCCCAUUGGAUGGGUGA